CCUCCUCCCCGCCGCGCAUUGGCUGCGGCGGCAGCCGCCCCGGCCGGGCCCGCGGGGGUGCCCCGAGCCGGUGACUGCCUCUGACCUCCCCUUCCCCGGCGCUGUCAGAGCGGAUCAGCGGGCGCGGCGCUGCAAUGGAGCGGCGAGCGGCAACGGCAGCCGCCAGGAGAGGAGGAGGAGGAGGAGAAGGAGGAGGAGGAGGAGGAGGAAGGGGGAGAUUAGCGCGGUGCCGGCUGGCGCAGAGGCGCGGCUGAGCGCUUCAGCGGGAGCCCGGGGCCCUGCGGGCCGUGCGAGAGUCAGAGGCGGAAGGAGCGGAGAUGCGGCUGCUCUCCCCGCGCUGCUGAAUCUCCCGGUCACUCGCCCGGAGGAGGGAGGGCAGGAAGGUCCGUCCUUCUCGCUGCGCUGCGGGCGCGAAGGGUGCCUGUGCAGUCCCCUCCUCUUGCUUUUAUCCCAGCCCCGGAGCAGAAGCCGCCGCCGCCGCCGCCCCCUCUCCCUUCCUGCGCUCUUCCCACCAUGAGCGGGGCUGUUUUCACCUUAUAAAGAUGGCGGUGUGGGAUCGCUGCAACCUUUAGACUCAUGACUGUCAGAAACAUCGCCUCCAUCUGUAAUAUGGUUCUUCAAGAGCAGCUACACGCAGUUGCCAGCUUCCCUCCAUGUGGUGCCCCAGCAUGCCUUGUGCUGGUGAUGCCACACAUACCAUUCAUCUGCCCUGGAGAAUGGAGCCUACCUCUAGGGGCACCAAUGCCUCUGCUCUGGAAAAAGACAUUGGCCCAGAGCAGUUUCCAAUCAAUGAACACUACUUUGGCUUGGUCAAUUUUGGGAACACCUGCUACUGUAACUCCGUGCUGCAGGCAUUGUAUUUUUGCCGGCCGUUUCGGGAAAAUGUAUUAUCAUACAAGGCCCAACAGAAAAAGAAGGAAAAUCUCUUGACUUGCCUAGCAGAUCUUUUCCACAGUAUUGCUACUCAGAAGAAGAAAGUUGGAGUUAUUCCACCAAAGAAGUUCAUAUCAAGGUUACGAAAAGAGAACGAUCUCUUUGACAACUACAUGCAGCAGGAUGCACAUGAGUUUUUAAAUUACCUGCUCAACACCAUCGCAGACAUUUUGCAGGAGGAGAAGAAACAGGAAAAGCAAAAUGGGAAACUGAAAAAUGGCAACAUGAAUGAAGCUGAAGAGAACAAUAAGCAAGAACUCACCUGGGUGCAUGAGAUUUUUCAGGGAACACUGACUAACGAAACUAGAUGUUUGAACUGUGAAACCGUUAGUAGCAAAGAUGAAGAUUUUCUUGACCUUUCUGUUGAUGUGGAGCAGAACACAUCAAUUACACACUGUCUAAGAGACUUCAGUAACACAGAGACAUUAUGUAGUGAGCAGAAAUACUACUGUGAGACUUGCUGCAGUAAACAAGAGGCACAGAAAAGGAUGAGAGUAAAAAAACUGCCAAUGAUUCUUGCCUUACACCUCAAGAGAUUCAAGUAUAUGGAGCAAUUGCACAGGUAUACUAAGCUGUCUUAUCGUGUAGUAUUUCCUCUGGAGUUACGUCUCUUCAACACAUCUGGCGAUGCUGUCAACUUAGAUCGGAUGUAUGACUUGGUAGCUGUUGUUGUUCACUGUGGAAGUGGACCGAAUCGGGGGCAUUAUAUUACUAUUGUGAAAAGUCAUGGAUUUUGGCUCUUGUUUGAUGAUGACAUUGUAGAGAAAAUAGAUGCUCAAGCUAUUGAAGAAUUCUAUGGUCUGACCUCUGAUAUAUCAAAAAAUUCAGAGUCUGGCUAUAUUUUAUUCUAUCAGUCAAGGGAGUGAGUGACUUGGCAAACUGUGACAGUUGCGCACAAUGAUGCUGCACGCAAAAGAAGGUGAUGGCUCCCCUUAACUGACUUUUACACAGACCACAUCUUGUAUGGUCGAACAACGAUACGCUCUGUCUCCUAUUAAAUGGUCUGUGUGAUAUUGACUAUAACUGUCCAUUUUUGACAUGUGGAACUUUGUUUUGGGAAGAGGUGGUUGUUUGUAGUUUUUAAGUCUGAUUGAAGAGUUAAUUGCGGUCAGAUUUUAGUGGAAUUUAUAUGGACUAACAUUUACAGAUAAUAAGAUUUGGAUGUCAACUGUUAAACCCAAUCCAGCUAGAGUAGUAUUUUAUAUGGAAGUGUUCAUUGCAUUUAGGGCAAAAUUGUUUAAAACUUUCUAAAUGGCUUUGGGGUGUGUGGAUUUACAAAGCAUUCCUUUAAAUACAUCCUCACAUAUACCUACCCAUUUUAAGUGUAAGGAAAAAAAUCUGUUUCAUUAUGAUUGGAAUUGUGGUUGUAUAGGGGAUUUUUUUACAUGUUACUCUGCUGCAAAAAAGAUAUUCUUCCAAAAUCAUUUAAGCUUUGGGCUGUUAAAAACUUUCAGUGGAUAACCUCAGGCCUAAACUUCACAUAGUGGGAUUUAAAUUACAGUGGAACUAAGUAAUUCUGUAUGUCCAGUCAUUUUGUUUAUCAUGAGAUAGUACAGAUGAGGUGAGAUUUCAGAACUCACAGAGCACUGGAAUAAAGAGAGUGAGAUGACAUGUAUGACACAAAGAUAAAUUACAUUUAUAGAGAUUGAGCUUAUCUUUCUGUUAAAACAAUAUCAUAGGUUGUUUACUUAAUUGAGUUGCAGUGAUUGCAACACUGCCCACAUCUAGCAUAUCCGUCAAGACUGAAAUUACACAGUCCAUUUAAAUAAGUGUUGUUCAUACGAUACAGAAGACACGGCUUGAUCCUGCAAUUUUCUGAAUAUCUGUAGGUCCCACUUUCAUUUCUCAAGACAGAGUCCAUUUCUUAGCAACAUAACAUAAUAAAUAACAACCAUAAGUUUACACACACUGCCAUGUAUAUGUAAUCUCUAACAUUUUGGCCGUGUUUGACAGCAUUUGGGUCACCACGGAAACAGAUACGGCUCUGGAGUGUCUGAUUUUAAAAAUACCAAAAGGCUUAGUGCAAAAGGCUUAGUUUGUGAUUUUACUGGGUGAAUUUGGCUGGCACUAGUCAUGCACUGGCUAAUAAAAUUGCUGAACUCACAUGCUGGAAUUUGGCAAAGAAUGAAUGUUGAAGAAAGUAUCAAUAGGGUAUGUGAAGGGAUCGAUAACAGGUUGUGGCAGUGGUAACACUGGGUAACUGCCUUGAUUGGUUUGACACUUUCACUCCAUUACACAAUUCUUGAACUUCAGUAGCCAAAUUCCUAUUCCAAUGAAGUCAACAGCAAAACCACUCUUGUCUUCAGGGGGACUGACAGUUGGUUCUAGUAUUUAGAAGGAAAUAUUCUCAUCGCACAAAAUUUAUUUCUAAUUGUUAUAUUUAAUUCACUCUCAUUAAGUCUUUUUUAGACAAUAUUGCUUUUGGUCCUUCUUUUCUUUAAGAAUUCUGCCUGCCACUUUAUGGCCAACACUCCAUUUCAAGAAAUGGCUUUUGAAGUGUAGCUAAAUCUUAUAUUUUAGUCUUCUGUAGGAAAGAGAAUAACUUUUUUUCAUUGUAAUCUACUGUGAAUGUGAAAUAUCUUUUGUUAAACAAUGGUGAAAAUGAAGUACUAGCUUCUACUGUAACAUCAAUUGAAGUUCAGUUGGAUUUAUCAACGGCCAUUUUGUACACUAAUGAAAUGUAGCACUUUACACUGAAUGAGAAACAGAAGUGGACUUCUCAUCUAACAUUAUUUGUGAUUUAUCAUGUUAUUAUACCUAUACAGGAAAACAGACGUAGAAUGUAACCUUAGAGUACGCGCUUAUGUGAAUAAUAGUAGUGGUCUACAGAGAUCACUCAUAUGAAUGAAGGCUGGUAUGCAGGCUCAAGACAAGCAUAAUUGGGAUGCAACUGUAGUUCUUCUAUUGAUGUUAGAACAAAAUGUUCUCUCUCUAACACAGAAGGCGGACAUCUUACAGGAGACUUCAACUCUCACUGAGGCCCAGGAGCCUUUCCACUGAAAAGCUAAACCUGCAAAUCCCUCUCUAAUGGAUUUAUUUAUAAGCAUUCAGAAUUUCCCUAUAAAUAUAUAAUAAUCACUUGCUUUUUAAAAUGGGUAUGGUUUCCUUAUUGUGAAUGAUGGCAUUUUCUAGAUCAGCAUUAACCAGUGCUGGUCCAAAGGUCUGUACUUCACAGUUUACUGUUGAACAUUCUUAGGUCAUUCUUCAAUUUCAAAACAAGCAACAAAAAAGGUAUUCUUAAGGUAUCAUUUGAAUGUUUAGGGCCCGUGUUUAUAUGAAAAGUAAUUUUUCAUAAAAAUAUUUUUUAAAUCAGUUCAAUUUUAGGAAAUGUUUUCCAUGUCAAUUGACUUAUCUGAAAAUUGAUUUUUUAAAUGUUACUAAUAUGAAUUAAUAUUUAAAUGCUAAAGAACAGGAUAAUAAUCUUUGGUUUUCUCCAACUGCAAGACAGCUUUAGGUUGUAAAACAUACAGAUAAUUGCAGUAUGUUAUUGAGAGUAAAAUUACUAGAAUAAGCUUUUUCAUAAAGUAUGAAAAAAAUUUUAAAUUCAUGCUAGCCCAUGAAAAGAUCACAGCACUAGUAUCACACCAGUCCAACAUCAGCGGUCUGAUAUUAGCUCUGAAAAAUUGUGCAAUACUCACUUUAUGCUAACACCAGCUAGAUUAAGGAACAUCUACUUUUGAUUAAAAAAAAAUAAAUUGCAGUCACAAUUCUAUAAAUUAUAUCCAGUCUACAGUGUGCUGAAUGUCUUGACUUCAGUCCAGCAAAAGCUGUCCAUCACGGCUGUAUGAAUAGCACCAGUCCAGGCAGCAGAACUUCUCUUCUAUGUCAAAUUAAGGACAUUCACAUGGGUUUUGCAGGAUUGGGAUCCUCACAGGAACAAUCAUAUGAUAUGAAGUAUUUUAGUUGAUUAAAUAAAACAUAAUCCUUUUUCUCUUAUGCUUAUGUAUAGAUUUCCUGCCCCUUAUGAAAGAAUGGAAAAAUAUCUAGGACAAUAAAAGCUUUUCAGCCAGCAGCUAGAAAACAAAAUUGUAGCACAGAUGUCUAAUAGUAUUCUGUGCUUCCCUAAAAUUACUAUUUUUAUGGUGUCGGGUUCUGAGCAUAUUAGGCCUUAUGACAUCUGAAGUUUUCUAUUUGUUUCACACGCUGUUGCUGAGAUGUGUUGUCCAUUUAUAAAUCUUAGUACUAUGUUCUUACUUUAAAAAAAAGAACAUUUCUGUCCUGUGCUGUUUUUCCACUGAACCCAAUGAAGCACUGCAGUGCUGAUGAAUCAGUUACCUUAGAGGAUGAGCUCAGACCUCAACUUUUAUGUUUCACAGAACAGGCUGUCAGGAUUUUAUGUAAUAAUUUCUAUUUUGGGGACAUAGCAGAGGGAGGCAGAAGAGGGUGGUGAUGGAGAAACCAUACCAGUGAAGCAGAUCACUUUGUUGAAAUUAAGUCAGUCCCAAAAUUACUCCGAUCAAUUUUAUUUUAAUAAUUUACAGUUACCUCAGAGCAGUAGAUUACAUCUUAAAAGCCUUGUUCCUUUAGCAGUUGGAGUAAAGAAAAUAAAGCAGUAGGUGUUUCCUUUGCAAUAGAUUUAAUAAAGAUAUUAAAGACCUAACUAAGCUGAAACUGAAAUUCAUGUUACAUGGUGGGUCCUAAAGUGCUACCACAACCUGUCUUUUAUCUUCAGACAUUACAUUUCAUUCACCCAUCUGUUACAGCAUCAUGUACUUGGGACCUGAGCUGGCAGCUUCCAGCUGCCAGCAAUUUGAUGCCUCUCAGCAGCAGACCCUUCUUGUUUUGUCUCUUUUUUGCUGCUUGUGGCUGACAAGUGUGAGCAGUAUCUUACAGCUGAAUGUGUACUAGAAAUUUUAAGAAGUUUUGGCUGUGUACCUGUUCUUUGCCAGUACCUUUUAUCAGUGUUCGUUUUAAUUUAUUUCUCUUUUGUUGGUCUGUUAUUGUAUUUGUAUAAUAACUUAUGUAGUUAAUAUUAUUAGUUUCCUGUUUAAA